GCGCCAUCCAGCUGUUGUCAUCACUACUAUAUUGCUGUAAUAUCAUCUUACAUAUCAUCCCCUCUCUGGGAAGCCUGCAUUUCAUUACAAGACUUCCGAAAAACCCUCACUGAGAAAAAAACCCUCAUCCGAGCUGUGAAUCUGCUGCCUAGCGCGGAGUCAAUCAUGGCUAGGAUGACAAUGCACGUAUUGACCAGAAAGGCCUCGAGGUCCAAGUCAAGGUUAUCUCCAUUGUCACCAAAGCGGAUCGAACUGAAGGUACCAAUGUGCUGCGAAGGCUGCGAAGAAAAUGUGCGGGGGGAACUGACAUUACUAGAAGGAGUCAAAGAAAUCGACAUAGACGUAACCACCCAGAAGGUGAUUGUCCUAAGCCACUACGAUGUCCAUUUGGAACCCUGCGUUGUCUUAAAUGCUGUGAAGAAGGUUAAACAUCGGGCGGAGCUGUGGAGAAAUUGAUAUCCAGAGCUGUUCCACAAUUCAAAGAUCUGAUCUUCAUAUCAAGAAACUAACAUUGUAAAUGUGGGCUCGCCAAGAGCCACGAACCGUGGCCUCUGUAAGCAGUAACCUGAAGCGAUCAUUCGUAUGUUUUAAUUCUGGGUUCCACAUCGACACAAGUUGUAGAUACAUUUCACACGGACAAAUUCAUUUAGUAACAAGUUUGUAAAAAGACGUGAACAGAUCAUGAGAUGUUGAUCAAAGCUAAAGAAUGGAAGCAAUUUUAGAUCAAUUUGUAAUCAAUAGGAUAUUUGUACUUAAUUGCUGCUAGAUACCCACUUUUGAGCUGGUUGCUUAUAUCUUGAGAUGAGAAACCUAGCAACCUGGAGUCGCAGAUGUAUAUCACAUUUGAAAGCUUUGUAACCGAGAUCCUACGAUUUUCUGUACAAUUUCCUUUGUUCAAACACAGGACCUGCUCACAUAAUCAAUGCAGUUGAUUUUCUAGUUCUAUUCAUUCGUAAAAAACAUAUAUGCUUAUGCUGUGCAUUGAGAUACGUAAUUCCCA